AUGAUUCCAGCUGAUUCUUAUGUCAUCAGACUUGCAAACAUUUAUAUAAAUUUAUUUCUGCAAAAAUUACCGACAAAUGUCAGCGAGCUGUGUGUUUCAAAAUCAGCGAUUGAUUGUCUAGCAGUUGGGGGUGAUAUUGAGACGAUAUCACUUAGUAAAGUGAAAAUAGAAUCUAGGAUAUACUUUAUGGAACAGAAUAAUGUCAAGCAUGUUAUCUUGGAUGAAGUUGAAGGAUUCCUGGAUUUGCAAAAUGCAUCGCAGCUCGAAUCGGUACAACUACUUGGAAGGAACAGAUAUCUACGAUUAGGCGGUAUAAAUAAGUGUAGGAAUAUAAAGUGUUUGAAACUGAGUUGGAAUCUUGACGAAAAUGUUUUGGGUCGGAUAAAAUUAGCAGAAUUUGAAAACUUGGAGGUGUUUUCUAUUGCAAAUUCGGUUGAACGUCGGAUUAAAUCCGAAGUGACCAUGCCCAAUUACUUUAUGAGACAGCCAUCUGGCUUGUUUCCAGACUUUGAACAGGCUUAUGGCGGUACUUUGGUAAAGUACGAUGACUAUGUGCUGAGAAACAAAUGGUACACAAUACUGAGCACUAUGUCGUGCCAGGUGACUAUGAAGGAUCUAAAUAUCUCAUACGCAAAUUUCUAUAACCAACCACGUUAUGAGAUCUUAGCACAAUUCUCUAAUCUUGAGGCACUAACAGUUCAAUUUACAAAAAUCGACAAACUGUUUUUUAGCAAACUACCGCUGUCACUGACAUAUCUUGAUAUUUCUUUCACAUCAUAUGCGAUUUAUGGCCUUCGUAUGAAGUAUUUGCUUAAAUUGGAUACGUUGAUCAUGUAUUUGCCGUCUAAUUCUGGCACUGAACAAGAGAAGAAAUACUAUUUUGACGUGUUCCAAUAUAUUGACAGAAAUAGAUUGACAUACUUGGAUAUCGGCAACGCAGAUUUUAAUUAUCUUGCUGGUUAUAACAUAUUUCAUAACCUUAAAACUUUGAUAAUACGCGACUCGGUGUUAUGUACUUCUUUUUUUGAUAAGUUUGUGUCGCACAUUGAGGUUCUAUGGUGUGAUAAAUACGUUAAGCUUGAACAAAGUGAUAUUCUGUCAAUUGCCAAGCUGAAGCAUUUAACAACGUUCAUCACUGAUUUUGAAAGUAAAGAGAACGAACAGCAAAUCGGAAAUUUGGUAAAGCAACCCGGUUAUUUUACAAGGUUGAUUCGUAUAGGAAGAGAUGCCAAAACCAUGUUGCGCUACAUGCCAAAAUAUCAAGACCACGGUCAUUUACCGUUCACGCCAACGGCGAUGAACUCGUUUUGAAGGAUGCCAGCAGAACUAUAAACAGUGUAUCGUCCGCAAUACAAAUUUAUAUAACUCGCUCUAAUCUCCUCAUAUAAGGAAUAAUAAAAACACGAUGAAUCUUCUCACUGACAACACUGCAAGCAGUCUCACAUAUUUUCUAACCGUAU